AUGGCGUCCCACGCAGAUUACAAGGACAGGCAAUUCCUAGCCGUCAUCGGCGACGAGGAUUCAGUCACGGGCCUCCUCCUAGCAGGAAUAGGUCACGUCACGAACCCGCCCGACUCGCAAAAGAACUUCCUAGUCGUCGAUAACAAGACGGACGCAUCAGCCAUCGAGGCCGCCUUCGAUUCUUUCACCACGCAGCGCAAGGACAUCGGUAUCAUAUUGAUAAACCAGCACGUCGCCGACAAGAUUAGGCAUCGAAUCGAUACCUACACGGCUGCCUUCCCUACCAUACUCGAGAUCCCCAGUAAAGAGCACCCGUACGACCCCGAGAAGGAUAGUGUGCUGAGAAGAGUGAGGCGUCUAUUUGGAGAGUAG